UCCGUUUAGUAUUUCUAUGUCUUAGAAUCCACCUUGGAUCAGAAGGACCCUGGAAGCCUCCCAGGGGAUCUCUCCUUUCCAUCCUUCAGCAAUGCAUCCCAACCUCCACUGCGAGUCCCCAAACGGAGGAGACCACAUCACUCUCCAAUUUCCACAUAAAUCAUGAACUUGCCAAUGAUAGCACCGCACACCAGCAGUCUGCUGUGCUGGGCCAGGGUAGCUGGUCUGGUCUCGAGAACAAUCUGACAGUCAUCGAUUCCAGAUGUUGCAGAAAGCUUCAGACCUCUGAGACUCGUUUGCAAGCUGGACAAGGGUAUGGAAAUACACUCAACUGCGUUCUCACUGUGUACAGAAAUGAGUCUGUGGCUGGCUUCUUCAAAGGCAUGUCCUUCCCGCUGGCCAGCAUCGCCGUCUACAGCUCCGUGGUGUUCGGCGUCUUCAGCAACACGCAACGGCUCCUCAGCCAGCUCCGCCACGGAGACACAUCUCGCACGCCGGAGCUCGCAGACAUGGCUCUAGCCAGCACUGUGGCAGGGUUCGUCUCCGCGGGCAUCGGCACUCCUGUCGACCUGGUAAAGAUAAGGCUACAGAUGCAAACGCAGCCGUACAUUGAAGCAAACAUUAAACUAAAGCCCACAGUUCCUGGAUUUCCUGUGUACCGAGGCCCAAUUCACUGCUUUAGGACAGUUCUACAGAAAGAGGGGAUAGCAGGAAUAUACCGAGGUGCGGGCGCAAUGCUUCUGAGGGAUGUUCCUGGGUACUGCCUCUAUUUCAUCCCUUACACAUUUUUCUGUGGCUGGAUUACCCCCGACGGAUGCAUUUCCCCUAAUCCCUCCUCCAUCUGGCUGGCAGGGGGUGUAGCAGGAGCCAUUUCCUGGGGGACUGCUACUCCAAUGGAUGUUGUGAAGAGUCGACUUCAGGCAGAUGGAGUUUAUUUAAACAAGUACAAAGGGACCCUUGACUGUAUCUUGCAGAGCUACCAGAACGAGGGCUUAAAAUGUUGCCAAGAAGACCUGAAAGUCUCCUACUUUCCUGAGCCAAAUCAGCAGUGUGGUGUUGGUGAGGGCUCAGCUGCUCUGACCGAAGACUCCUGUCCUGUACCUACAGCAUCUGCUUUCUCUUCUGCCACAGACUUAGUCCCUGGAGGACUCCGAAAACUGCACCAGCUCAAUCAAAUCCAAAGACUAUUUUCUUAUCGAAUCUUUCACUCUGUUGUCUAAGAGCACCUUAAUAAUUCCCGUGGUUGGGCUUUUUCACUGAUGACAUUUUUCCCAUUGAGCCAAGGGAACAACUUACUUCCCUUACCCACACGAAUGAGAUGAUACACCCAAACCCAGCCCACCCAACACCAGCCGACGAAGCGUCUUUUGUACAACACUGCAUAUAAAGCUCAUCUUUCUUGUGAACAAGGAAAGGAGGAGGUGUUGUGAGUGUGCAGGUGCUUUUUGUGUAGGAAGGUCUAGAUUCCCACCAAAUCCUAGCUUGCUUUCACGAUCAAAGAAAUGCAUGACUCCACCCGUAUGAACGGAUACUCGUAUUUUACAUCACAGAACUCUCCAGUUUGGCACAAUUUAACACAUUAUCAUGAAAAAAAUGCAAAGGGCUUCAACAGCUUCAGUUUGUUAUCCAAGGUAUAAACAGAAUUGGGAUACAGGAGGAUGUUAAAAUUCAGAGACUAAGCUGCUCUUUUUCUUCAGAAAACAAUAAAACAAUUCUGCAUUUCCUAUAGAUGGCUGCCUAUUAAUUUACCUAACUUGCCUUGUGUAGCCCUCCAGGGACCUACUAGAGGUAUCUUGUUAGACCUUCUGAUCUCCCUGACAUGAUAGUCCAGCUUGCCAACUGCCGAACCCUGCAGCCAUCACUUUGCAGCCUUGAGAGACCAUCACCAAAGGAAGUCUCUUCAAGGGAUGCAGAGUUUACCCCAAACUAUUCAUUAAAAUACAUGGGCUGGCUUCAGACCUCCAGCUCUUUGCUGCAAUCCCACUGAGACAGCUGGGGCAGACCCAGGUCUCUCUUUGGUCUACCUCAGCCUUUCAAUUAUUCCAAGAUCUUUUACAUCAUGAUUAUUUCUGUUUAUGCUGUUAAAUAUCUCCAUGCUUUGUUUUCUAAGCAUGGAGCUUCUGAUGCCAAAACCCAAGAAGAACCAGCUCUGCUGGGACACGAGGACUCUGGUGGCACUGGCAGGAGAGGCUGAGGGGUAACAGCCUCACAUGCAAAGGGACAUGUGGCAUGGGGGAGCAGUCUGAGACAACACUGUCCUCUGGGAAAUGUAUGGUUCCUCCCCAUCUUCCUCUGGAGGAGAAGAGCUCUGGGGAAAAAAGCCCAGCAAUGGCAGUUUUAGUAGAUGCCCUCAGUAAAGGUUUCUGAAGACAACCUGGAGCAGCUGUCCAGCUUUCCUCCGUAAAAGGAGGAGAAGGAAAGAGAAACUCCUACAUCCUCUUCCCUGGAUGAAUGGAGGAAUUGGCAACAAGACUUGAAGACCUUAGCGGAAAGUGCCUGAAAACUCGGGUCUGGAGCAGUACUCAGAAAUGGGGUCCCCAACUUUGGGCUCCUCUUCACUGGGGCCCAAAUUAAAACCAGGCGUGUGGCUUCCCCCCAAAACUGGCCUUAAAAAGUGGGGGAAACAGCUGGUGUUGCUUCAUCUCAGGACUUGCAGGUGUGGAGGCUCACAGUGCCUUUGAGCUUGGCAAGAACACAGGGAACUGUUUUUGAUAAACAGUAUGGAUAAAAUUGAUGAGCCUUCACACAAGUAUUUGUUGCUGGCUGCAUUUAAGGAUUCAUCCUUUCCGUGUUACCUAUUUUAAGGCAUAUACAUAAAAUAUGUUCUUUAGAUACAAAAUAUCAGAUGUCUCCAGGGAUAA